CGCCUCCCCACAGCCCCACACCAGCCUCCCCACUGACCAGCCCUCCUGCAACACCGCCCCGAGCACCCCCACCGCCCCCACCUGCCUCACACCCCUCUCUGCUCUCACCUUCUCUCCCCUUCUCUUGCCUGCCCUCCCAGGGCCCCUCCACACCACACCCAUGGCCUGCUACGACCUCUGCCGCCCCUGCGGACCCACCCCGCUGGCCAACAGCUGCAACGAGCCCUGUGUCAGGCAGUGCCAGGACUCCACCGUCCUCAUCCAGCCCUCCCCCGUCCGCGUCACCUUCCCAGGGCCCAUCAUGACCUCCUUCCCCCAGAGCUCCUUCGUCGGAUCCACUGCAGGGGCUGCCCUGGGCACGGAGCUCAACGUCCAGGGACAGCCCAUCUCCGGCGGCUUUGGGGCCGGAGGCUACGGCCUGGGCUAUGGCCGUGGCUUUGGCUACGGCCUGGGAGGCCUGGGCUGCUACGCCAACAGGGGCUGCUACGGCAUCUGUUGAGGCCCCAAACAACUGCCCCAACAACAACCAUCCCGGACCUGCAAGUCACCACAUGGAACAGGGAUUCAUCUUCGUGCCCAGGCUCUCCAAUGGGCUCAGCACUUCCAGCUCCUGCUCUCAGGGCUCCAAGCAAGGAAACACCCAAGGGGCCAGCCUGCACUGCCUGCAAACAUGGCCCAGCUCCCUCCUCCUCUUCUCCCCCUUCCUUCUCUCCAGCGCCCCUUCGGCUCUGGCCAGUCCCCUCUGCUGCAAACACCUUCUCACAAACCACACACCAUUGGCUACCUCCACUGGGCUGCUCCCAACAAGGGGAGCAGCAAGAUCUCAGGGCUCUGCAAGAAUCUCCUGCAAGGGAGGGACCUCAGCUGAUGGUCGCCCUAUUUGCACCUCAGACCGGAUCCCUUCCCCUGGCUGCUCCUUUCUUUUUACUCUUUAGUCUCAAUAAAGUUCUCCUGCAUCACAGCCUCUGAUGUCUC